AUGAUGCAAAAACAGCGUUUUACGCUCACAAGGAACGAGUCUGGACAUGGAAAACUCAUACGAGCGAAUCAGGGACAUUCGAUGCAAUUGGUACAAGACGAUCAGCUCUUGAUUCCAUUGAAAAUGCCCAUUUCUAGUCGACAAUGCGUGCAUGGAACGUAUCUGAAAUUCUGGGAUCGGAUUUGGAACUUUGGGUUAUCCAAAAUGACGAGAAAUCAUAUUCAUUUUGCUGAGAAGGAAGUCAUGGACGAUCAAGUGUUAACGAUGGGAUCAAGUUUUACAAGUCGAGCAAUAAUGUCGUGCUAA